UGUCCAUUGAAUUUAACGGUCACAACAAAACCAAAGCGUCACUUGUAAUUUAUAGAAUGAUGCAAAAGUUUUAAAGUCUUAGACGUUUUUAUUUGUUUGAAAAGUAUUUAUUGAUUAAUAAUAAUAAUUAGUGGUGUUGAAUUAAAAAUAACAGUAAUGGAAAAUCACAACAAAUCUAUUGUCGUUGUUGAUUCCUCUGAUGAAGUUUUCACGGAUGAUUCAGUAGAUGAUACUCGUUGGACUAAAAAAAUUACGAACCAGAGUGAUGAUAAAGUGAUAAUCCAGGAGACAGAUGAUGAGAGUGACUUCGACAAUAGCGAAGGUGAUGAAAGUUUUCUCAGUAGACCAAAAUCUUUAGAACUUAAUCCGAAGCUUAAGCGAAUCCCUCCAGACUCUGAAGAUGAUGACAUAGAAGCAAAGAAUGAUCGCAGUGACAAUUCACACUCCAACUUUGAAGUGACAUCAGGUCAUUCAGAUGAUGAAAAUUGGAUUAAAAAACGUUCUGAUCUAAAUAGCCCAUUACUUGAAGACUCAUAUGACAGCAUGCAGGAAAAUGGAAGAAUUGAUGAAAGUUUUGCCGGUGCACCAAAACGUUUUGAACUUCCUAAAAAACACGGGCAAAUCCCAUCAGAUUCUGAAGAUAACGAUGACUUUGAAGAUAGAAAAGUUGAUGAUAGUUUUAUAGGAGCGAGUAAAUUUCGCAAUCGGAAACGAAUCAAUCGAAUACUGUCAGAUUCUGAGGAGGAUCACGGCGAAGGUGAUGAAAACUCGGGAAGAAUGACUCCAAGUAUCAAAAAAGCAAUUCGACGAAGCAUUUUUAAUCUAAGUCGCGCUAAGUCGAAUUCAUCAGAUGAACAAAGUGAGUCAGAAAGUCAUGCAGAUUUACAGGAAGAUGAUAACUUACAGCUAAAUAAAACCAAUGGAUCUUAUCGAUCAGUUGACUCCUCUAGUGAAGAUGAAGAGAACCUUAUAGUUAAAGGUCGUGAUAAAAAAAAAUUAAAUAACAAUAGCGAUGUCAGAGAAGAAAACAGCAGACUUUCAGAUUCAACUUUUGAUGACAGCUUCGAAGAGCAAAUUACAUAUGAUGAAAAAAAAUUCACUAACAACAAUAACGUCAGUAAAAAAUGGAACCAAAGUUUAGAUUCAAAUGCUGAUGUCAGUCACGGAGAUCAAACCGGAAAUGAUUUAACCACCAGUUUUCGGCAGAACAAAAAGAACGUUUCUAGUGUAGAAAUAUCGUAUGAAAAGUCAAGUAUCGAGACUAGUCUUCAUGAUAAUUCGAUCGACUCAACAAUCGAUCAAAUCAAUGCCAAUCAUGUAGAGCAUAAUGAAUCUAAAAUUGAAGUAAAUGAUAGUGCCCAUCAAGAAGAGAUUAUUAUUAUUGAUUCUGAUAAAUCUGUUCCAACUACUGAGGAUGAACAAGAAAUGCCAUCUAAAAAAACUCUACCCAAAUUACUUGAUAAAAAUCAACUGAAAAAUGAAAUCGAACGUCUGACAAAAGAAAUUGAAAGAACAAAGGCAUUUUUACUACAAGGCAACAUUGAGCUUCUUCCUGACAAAGGAAAAAAAUUGAAGAUGAUAAUAUUUAAAAAUCACGAAAGCAUAGAAGAAUGCAAGCGACAACUAGAACAAAUCCAGGAAACUGAAGAAAAUAAUUCCAGCUCAUCAUCACUGCAUCAGAGUCACAAUCUUUUGUCUGAUAAUGAAGAUUCUAUCAAUGAUCCCAACUACUUUCCUCACGACAGCCCUUCGCCACCUAAAAGAAACUCAGAUAACACAACAAAGUUUAAUCGCACAAAAUUACUAAAGCCUACGGCUGACACUAGCAUCGAGCAUUUAGGAAAGAAAGCUUUAGAAACAUUUAAAAAUGAGCAAGCACUGACAGUAGAGCGUUUAGAGCAUCUCCACGGGUCUCUUAUAUCCCGGCCUACAGAAAAUGAACGUGCAGAAGACCCAAGAGGACUUGUGAUCCCUCUAAUGCCCCAUCAGCAGCACGCCUUGGCGUGGUUACUAUGGCGUGAAACGCAGAAGCCACGUGGUGGUGUCCUCGCAGAUGAUAUGGGGCUCGGCAAAACGCUCACGAUGAUUUCGUUGGUCAUUAAAACUUUGGCAGAAGCUUCCAGUGACGAUGAAGAAAAUAACGGUAGCGAAUGGAUGGGCAGAGGCAGAAGAUCCGAGCAUCCGGGAGGAACUCUUGUCGUUUGUCCGGCUUCUCUAAUUAAUCAGUGGAAGGGCGAAGUUGACAAGCGCUGCAAGCGUGGAGUACUCACUGUUGAAGUGUACCAUGGUACCAAUCGUGAGAAAGCAGCUAGACGUCUUGCCCGCAAUGACAUGGUAAUUACAACGUACAAUAUUCUGUCGCGUGAGUGUAAAACCCAGGGCCAGAUAUUUCAAAUUUGCUGGAGACGUGUAAUCCUAGAUGAAGCGCACACUAUUCGCAACCACAAGAGUCAAGCUUGUGAUGCAGUUUGUAAGCUGAAGGCUGCCAAGCGAUGGGCGCUCACGGGUACUCCUAUUCACAAUAAAGAAACGGACAUAUUUGCUAUCCUGAAAUUCCUUCAGUGCUCACCCUUUGAUGACAUCCGGGUAUGGAAGCGUUGGGUAGAGAACAAAAGCGACGCUGGCGUUGAGAGACUCGCUACCGUGAUGAAGACUCUGAUGCUUCGUCGUACGAAGCAGGAACUCACGAUGAAAGGGGAGCUGGAGUCUCUACCAGAGAAACAGAUUGAUGUCAUCAAAGUAUCGCUAGACAAAGAGGAACGACUGGUGUACGACAAAGUUAUGAUGCAUUCAAAGACAAUAUUUGCUCAAUUUUUACAUCAGCGAGCUGAAAAACAAACACUAUUCCAACUGGGUGCUACGGAUUAUAGAGCGCCUGUUAAUUAUCACAAUACCAAGUUCAAUAAAGCGCAACAACAACUACUAGCUCACCACGCUGAGGUUAAAUCGCAUCAAAUUUUGGUCCUUCUGUUAAGGCUGCGUCAGAUUUGCUGCCAGCCAGCGUUGAUCCAUGAGAUGCUUGAUCAGGAAGAAAUGGAAAUCAAUGGAUUAGAAGAUAAAUUAAAUAAUGAUGGUCUUGUUUCACAAAUGAUACGUAUGAAUAUCUCAAUAAGUACUUCAGAGCAUGGUGAUGAUGAAGACGAAGAAGAAAUAGGAGUUGACCAGCGGGUGGUCGAAAAUCUUUUGACCUCAGAGAAUCCGGUAUUUGAAUCAAAGCGACACAGUUCCAAGUUACGAGUAAUUCUUGACCUCGUUCGCGGGAUUUUGGAUAAAAAUGAGAAGUUAAUAGUAGUGUCCCAGUGGACAUCGUAUCUUAAUAUAAUCGGUGAUUGUCUGCGUACAAUACCUGGUGCUACUUUUGAAAAAUUCACUGGACAAGUUGCUGUAAAAAACCGCCAAACAAUUGUCGACAAUUUUAACUUGAAAAAAAAUCCUCGAAUCCUUCUGCUGUCACUCUGUGCCGGCGGGGUGGGACUCAAUCUCGUUGGUGGCAACCAUUUGCUUCUUGUUGACAUCCACUGGAACCCACAGCUUGAAUCUCAGGCUCAAGACCGAAUUUAUCGAUUUGGGCAAAAGAAAAAUGUUAAUAUUUACAAGAUUAUUUGUUCAGAUACUAUUGAGGAACGAAUUCAGCAGUUGCAAGAGAAAAAAAUGUCACUUGCCGAUUCAGUAUUAGGUGGCACUGGCAAAGUUGCGUCCAAACUUUCUCUGGAUGACUUGAAAUCGCUAUUUAAUAUGUAAAGAAUCUUUUAUAUUUUUGAUGCCCACCAAAUUGACAAAUCAACGGCUCCCAUAAUUUUUACAAAUUAAUAUUUAUGAGAUUAUAUUUUUUUUUUUUUACCAAAAUUUAUUACCUCGAUGAAAAAAAAAUUUUUUUAUUAGAUAUUAUUUAUAAAUAGAUAUUUAUUUUGUUAAUUAUUAAUAUUACAUUUAAACUUAUAAAUUAACUUAAUUAAUCUCAUGUAUCACUAAGUCUUCACGCGGUGUAUGCUAUUCCAAACACCGUAUGAAAAAUAUAUGAAUAGUCCUGCAUAAAAAUAAAUAA